CGUUUACUAUUUGCUUUGGGUUUAUCCAUUCUGAUGGUCAUUCACACCAGGCGAAAGAAAUCUCUGACAAUUGAUGGUGCAGUGGGUGCAUUCUUUUUGGGAAUGAUUACCUUCUCAUCUACAUACUUCUUUUUCACUGUCGUUUUACUUUCUUUCUUUCUUUCCAGCUCGAAACUCACGAAAUUCAAAGCAGACAGAAAAAAACUUAUUGAAAUAGACUAUGAAAAGUCGAGCGAACGUGACCUCACACAAGUAGUGUGCAAUGGUCUUCUGGGAGGUAUUGCUGUAGGACUUUUCCACUAUCUAGGAGAGCCAACUACUACUUGUUAUGACCAAUCAAAGCUACACACUGUAAUGAUGUGGAUUUAUAUUGGGCACUACGGAUGCUGUGCUGGCGACACCUGGGCAAGUGAACUUGGCGUUCUCAACAAGGGCUGGCCAACACUUAUUACAACAUUCAAGAAAGUUCCUCCAGGAACAAAUGGUGGUGUAUCUCCUCUUGGUCUUGCUGCUUCCAUUGGUGGCGGUGCAUUUAUAGGAUUGAUGGGAGCUAUAUGUUUAGCAUUUGAAAGUCCCUGUCAUGGAUUCGCUUGGGAUAUUAUUGUUUUAGGAAGCUGUGCUGGUUUAGGUGGAUCAUUGAUUGAUUCUGUGCUUGGAGCCACUGUUCAACAGACUCUUUAUUCUUCUAAAAAGAAAAUGGUACUAAACGAAGCUUCCAAGGAGGAUGGAGAUGUCAUUAGUGGCCAUGAUAUACUCGACAACCACCAGGUUAAUUUCUUGUCGUCUUUGCUGACAUCUAGUGCCUGUGGUGCAGUAGCUUACUACCUU